CCUCUUACUUUUACUAUUGGAGCAGGAGACGAGCAUCAUGUCGGCGGUGGCCAAGACCUUCAAGAACGCCUUCCAGGUACUGACUCCUACGCGCGAGUACGGUGUGGGCAAGCGCGUGACGCGCGGCAUCUGGGCGAAGUACGCGGAGCCCUCAUACUGGGAGGUGGUGCGCAUCCGCCCCUCGCCCGACCUCAAGCACGGCAAAGUCUUCGGCAGAUUUACCUUCCGUGGCAAGACGGACCCCCAGGUGAAGCGCAUGAACGGCGUCUUGAAGAAGGAUUGGAGCUUGUAUGAAGCUUAGACAGAGGAGGCAGCAGCCAGCAGAAGCACUUGAUAGAGGGAGGACGGAAUCGCCAGCAUUUUGUCACUGGGCAGUGAAGAAGUAACGUGUAUAGAUACGCGCAAAAUGGAGGCACGCAGCGCAGCGCUGCUGUCGGCUCGGUACGAGUGCAAUACACGGCGACCUAUUAUGUCAUUGUAGCGAUUGUUGGUAUGUGGUGUUGCUGUUGCUGUAAAGUGUUGUGGUGUAGGUGGACUCGCUGAUAGGAGAUCAUUGUGCCGUUCAGUGCAUAGCUACAGUACCAGCGACAGCUUCUUGACAGGGUUGACACGAUAUGUAUUAAUACUGCUUUUGAAGCAGAACCCCGCGUGCAAUGAACCUUGGUUUCAUGCUUCAAUAACUCCUAAUAUCAUAAGUUGUCCGGGCUCUGUGCUCCAUCGAAGUUUGGCGUGGAGUGUCAAGGCUAGGCAAGUGCAUCAGCGUCAUACGUCGGCAACAACCACAGUAAGAUACAGCGAUGCUUGUAUUUUGCAACUCGUUGCUUUCGCUCUUCUCGCUCAAGACUUUGAGCUCUGCUAUCACAUCCAGCUAUCACGGUCAUGGGACAUCCUGUUCGACGUGCCCGUGAUUCUCCACUCAAUCCGCAAGCACAAGAACCUCUUCGUUCUCACUGAGGCUCGCUGUCAAUCGAGUACGAGCAGCCCAUCCAAUCGGCUCAGAGCAAUUGCUACCUCUAAAGUCCAGUUGAAAGGCGACUAUGAUGUUCGACUCGACAGGUAUCAAAGACCAGAACUUGUUAACUAUUGAGACAGAUCGCUCUUUUCGUGUCGUGCUUCACCAAAACAUCCUGGGCGCUUCGUCGAGUCAAGAAGUUCUUGACAUGAACUAGCAUCAGCACUGUCGUCCAGUCUGUUCCAGGCCAAUGCUACGAUCUACCAAGCCGAGACCGUCAAUGCUUCACUUUGUAGCUAGUCAAGGACGGUUGAAGAGGAUGGCUUCAAACAGUAAAACCUAUUCAAUAUCAUAACUUGACUUAUCG